CCGAGGACUUCCUUAUUGUUCCCAUCGCCCAUUUCCGUACUAUGGGAAACAGGCGAAGACCCCUUCAUCUGCUACAGCUGCUGCUGCUGCUGCUGCUGCUUCUGACGGUAAUCUCUACUAGGCCAAGGGUGCCAGGUCGUAUUCACGCCCAAGCCAAACGAUACCUGAAGAGGCAGCAAUACGGUGGCGUGCAACCAAUCUCGGUAACGAUAAAACUCUAUUGGCCCUCUUCUAAGACACUCUACACAGUAGUGCAGGUGAUGUCUUACUGUCAUCAAGCAGCUCAUUUUUUUUUCCUCGAUUUCUUCAAGAGGAAAUUUGGGUCUGAUAAGGGCGGACCCUCCCGAUUGGUGGUGGAGGGUCUGGGAUUCGGCUAGUAGUCUAUUAGUGGUAGUAUACUGGAGAAAAACGAUGGUGCUGAUACCGUAAGAGUGGUGGUAGUUGGUAGUCAUUUCUCGUAUAAUUUAUUUUUCUGGUGUAGAGGGUCAGACCUAUAGCGUUAUCUCCUGCCCUUUACUCGCAGAAGGGGGAGGUGAGCCAUCCCAUGCAUGCAGCGGGCUUGGUGGUGUGUUUGUUCCUGAAUAUGGUGUGUGUGUAUUUUUGGGGGCAACAGUAUUCCCAAUCAGCUUCAGUCCGCCAACUUCCGUGGCGUUGACUUCGGGCCUCCAACGACAAGCCAGUCAUAGCCCGGAGAUGAUUCCGUGGUUGAUCCCGAAGCGAUCCUGACC